AUGGCUCUGGCAAUAGUGUUCGCCUUGAGCGUGCUGGGCAUCAUCCAGACGCCACUGGGGGUUGGAGAUGAGCUGGGUGCAGCUAUUCGCCAGCGCGUGCAGCAGCGUGCGGAGCAGCUGAUCCAGGUGAUGGUUCAGCUGCUUGAAGAGAUGGAGCUGAGCCCCCGGGAGCCCAGCAGGGUGCCCAGGGGAGCCCAGGUCUCUGCUGCCUUGCAGCAGUGGCAGUUCUGGGCCUUGGCUGGAGGCCUGGUCCUGCUCUUUUGGCUCUGCUGGUGGCUCUGGAAAAGGAGCUGUGAGCCAGGCAGCAGCAGCAAGCAUGGCAGCUCCAGAAGCCUGGAGGAGGAGGAGGACGAGGAAGAGGGGCAAGACCCGUUACAUAUGGACAGGUUUCUGGACGAGUACACGUCGUGGCCGCUGCCGAACAGGCAAAGAAUAUGCACGGUGGUGGAAGAGGUGGUGAACGACCUUCUCUGUGUCUGCCGAAUCCUCGCCGGCAAUGACUUUGCGCCGCGACUGCAGCCAGCUGUCGGGGUGGGCGGCUUCCUAGAAGGCCAGAGUGCCCGUGGAGAAGACCUUGUCUAUCGCCUGCUUGUGCCCCUCAAGCCACCCCGCGGGCACUCCUUCCACCUCGAGCUGGGCACCGAAGGGGAGAUGCUGGUGAGGAACUCCCGCCUGCGUGUGCAACUGGAGUGCAUGUGCACAAGGGAGCGGCGGCUGGGAGACGUGCUCUGCUUCCUCCACCACCCUGAGGAUGAGCUGAUGAGCCGUCAGGAAGCCAGCCUCCUACAAACCCUCUGCACCGGCUCGUACCUCGACGUGCAGAAAACCGCCUUGUGGCUCCAGGAGCUGAUGACAGCAGCCUGCGUUGCUGUGCCUCAGGCGGGCACAUGCAAGCUAACGGUGCUGCCCUCCACACGCUUCUGCAAGCUCAAGCUGACCAACGCCUUCAAGAGAUCCCUCUCCAUUGAGCUGAUCUUGGCGGUGCAGCAAGGCAACUCGGACUCGUUUGUGAGCAUGGAGUAG